AUGAGCAGCACCAGCACCAGCACCAGCGGCAACAGCAGCGCCAAAGCCAAACUCCCCACGUCCCUCGUAAACACGCUUAGCACGCACGCCGGCCCAAUCAACGCCAUCACCUUCUCCUCCCUCGGCGGGACCUAUAUUCUUACAGGGUCAUCGGACCGACAAAUCCACCUAUCUCGCUCGGAACCCAACACCACCACCUCUUCUUCCGUUCCACCCACCACCAAUAAACCGAUCCAGAAAUACGCAGCGCAUGGCUACGCCGUGCUCGACAUCGCAGUGGCACAAGACAACCAAACAUUCGCCAGCGCGGGCGGCGACCGCGCCGUGUUCCUCUGGGACGUGCAAAACGCCGAAGGCACACUGCGGCGAUUCGGAAACAACACGAGCCAAGGCCACACGAGUCGAAUCAACUGCGUCGCGUUCGCAGGUCAAGGGGACAGUGUUCUGGCCAGCGGCAGCGACGACACGUCAGUGCGGCUAUGGGACGUCAAGAGCCGAGACGCCAAACCUCUGAUGGUGCUGGAAGAGGCCAAAGACGGCAUUUCCAGCAUCGUCGUGCCGGGAAACGGACACGAGAUCGUCGCGGGGAGCGUCGAUGGACGAGUCCGAAGCUACGAUGUGCGCAUGGGCCGGGUUACGGUCGAUGUCAUGCCGGGGUCUGUCACGAGUCUGGAUGUCUCGCGUGACGCGCGCGCGCUGUUGGUCGGCUGUCUCGACGGCAGGCUUCGCAUGAUGGAUCGUGCCGAUGGCACUUGUCUCCGGGGGUUCCCGCCCGAAGGGAAUACUGAGGAGUACAAGAACGACAGUCUGAGAUUGAAGAGCUGUUUCGCCGUCAAUGAGAGUCUGGUGUUGAGCGGGAGCGAGAAUGAUGGCAGUGUGCGCGCCUGGGAUGUCUUGUCGGGGAAACAUGUGGGGAAUGUCGAAGUCAAUCCUUCAGGGAAGGUUGUCAGUGUGGUCAAAUGGAGGGAAGGCAGUCUGGCUCAAGCUAGACAGGGUCUUUGGGCCGGAGGUGGCCUGGAGGGCGUGGUCAACAUAUAUGCUGCUGCGUAG